UAACGCUAAACUCAAGCCAUGGCCAAAAAGAAACAAGGAUAGCUAGAAAUCCGGGAGGCAGGAAAAAGGCACUGGAUGAGGACUGUUCUUCCCUGGAGGGCUUGUCUCCGCAGCAAUCAUCCCGAGCCUCUGGAACCCGGGUCUGGAUUCCCACUGCGGGCUGCGCGGAGCCCCGCCUUAGGAGUCCGCCCCAUCAAGGUCGUUUCCAGGAUACAGGGGGUAAGGCAUUUCCUGUCGAGACUGGCGGCUCUCACUGCCUUGGAGACCAGCUGGGAGGAUGGGGGUGCUGUUCUGACCCAGCCAGAGGCGGCAGGACGAGGGGCUCCAGAGGCCUCGGUCUGAGCAGGUGCUUCAGCUGGAGUCUGGGCACACCCCUCCCUCCACCCUCACCAGCACACACCUCGGCGAUCGGGUCCCACUCCGCAGUCGAACUCAAAUCUGUGGCAGGAGUCAGGAUAUCAAAGCCUCCGGGUCUGUCUUCUUCCCCGCUGUAAGCCAUGUUUAUCACCGUCAAGUUUGGAGCAGGCUGCUGGAUGCUGGUGAAUCCCUGGUGCAGCCUUGUAACCCUCACUGCUCACCUGAAGCAGAAGGGGCAGAUCACCUCAGAUGUGGCCAUCGCCCUCUUGGCUGAGGAUGGGCAUCUAGUAAGCCUGGAUAAGGGCCUGGAGGCCUCUCCCACACCCUCUAUGGGCAGUUCCCUGCUGCAGGAGCGAAGGACCUAUGUCCUGGUGCGCGUCAUCAAGGGAGAGAAUGGAGCCCCCAACUGCUAUGAGUCCCUGUUGGAAAACCUAGAUGACCAGAGUCCAGAGUUGGUAGAGGAACUGCGCCGGCUGUCAGGUCUCUCUGCCAUGAGCAACAGGCGAAGGAGACGCCUGGGCACUAGGAAUGGCCUCCAGGAGCAAGACCCCCCUUCAAGGUCCGGAAGAGUAGGCUCCAUACCAUCCAGGACCCGCUAGGUGGAGCCAGGUACAGAAAAGGCCUUGUGACCUGACAUAUCAUAGCCAAGUGGCCAAGCUGGACUUAGAUCUAAGGAAGCUAACUAUAACCUCUGCCUCAUGUGAUCAGCUGCAAACCAACAGCAGCCCAGCAGAACUCCUCUUUCAGAACCUAGAAAUUACUGAGAAGUUGCAUCAGCUAGAGGGGCAAGGACAGAAUGUGGGACUCUUGGGGAAACCCUUAAAAUGUAGGAACAGAGAAAGGGACCCAGGCAGAAACAGAAGGGUGAAGGGGGCAGGUCUCCCUGUGGGCAAAGACAACAGUGUCCUGAGAUUGUGACCUACAGUCUAAAGCCUCAUCACUUUCUUUUUUUUUUUUUUGUCAUU